UAGAAUACAGAACAAAAAAGGAAACUUCUCAAUAAUAAAAGUUUUUCGGUACUUAGUAAUUCACUGCGAUUGAGAAUGGAAACAGUACUGAACGUGAAGGGACCAGGAUUAGAAGAUUGUAACAAAGAUUUAGAACAUGCUAAUAAGGAAUUAGAAGCACAUACAAGAGUUGUUGCACAUGAUGUUGUCACUGAAACUGAACUCAACAAAAUUCGCCUCGUGAGGGACUUUGUUGAAACACAUGAUCCAUCUUCUAAGGAAAAAGAUGAUUUAAUAAUCAGAAGGUUUCUACGUGCUCGUGAUUUAGACGUGGAAAAGGCUUCAGCAAUGUUCCUCAAAUACUCAAAAUGGAGACAUUCAUUUGUUCCAAAUGGUUCCAUAUCUCUAUCACAGGUUCCUAAUGAAAUUGCAGAUGACAAGGUUUUUAUCCAAGGACAUGACAAGAUUGGUCGACCUAUAUUUGUUGUGUUCGGUGGAAAACAUUUUCAAAAGAAAGAUGGUCUAGAAGAAUUCAAACGAUUUGUAGUUUAUAUUCUUGAUAAAUUAUGUGCAAGUAUGGCUCACGGGCAAGAAAAAUUUGUUGGUAUAGCAGAACUUAAGGGAUGGGGUUACACAAAUAGUGAUGUUCGUGGAUACAUUUCUGCGCUCUCUAUUUUACAGGAUUACUAUCCUGAAAGAUUGGGGAAGUUGUUUAUUCUCCAUGCACCAUACAUUUUUAUGAAAGUGUGGAAAAUGGUUUAUCCAUUCAUUGACAACAAAACCAGAAACAAGAUAGUAUUUGUGGAAAACAAAAAGGUGAAAUCAACACUUAUAGAAGAAAUAGACGAAAAUCAACUCCCUCAGAUCUAUGGUGGAAAACUACAAUUAAUUGCUAUUCAAGAUAGCUAAUUAAGCUAAGCAGCUUUGACUAGUUAAGGAGAGACUAUACCAAUAAAUAAUUCAAUAUUUUAAUUGUGUGUUUCUUUGACUAUUUCCCUUUACUCGUGUAAUUUAUUGGGCGGAAUAUGGUUUAAAUAAAAUACGUUGUAUUAGAGUUCUACUAGACUGAUCAUUCAGUGGUAUUUCAUGAAUUGCGAUAAUUGACGUGUAAUCAAUCAGUCAUGGAAUUCUUCUUUGUAAUAUAAGUUAAUAUGCAUAUCUUAUAUUAUUAUUUAAGAUGAUAAUAAAAUAGUCAAAAGUUCAUUACUA